UGGUGGAAACGCGCGGCCGAGCGAGCCAACCGUCAGUGGUGCGCGCGGAUCGGUCGCGUGUGGUGGCGGCACGUGGUGACUUACAAGUGUGCUUAUCGUGGCACAUCGUGAGCGCGUCGGGUGCGCGUGUCGUGAAUAAAGCGAGCGAGCGAGAAAAGGACAGCGAUGGCAUCGAGUCACGACGUCGGCAUCGGUGACUUCGUGCUGUUGGACGAGAUCACCGUGGAUCGCGUGGUGGAGAACCUGAAAACGAGAUUUAACGGGGGAAAGAUCUACACGUACAUUGGUGAAGUCUGCGUGAGCGUAAAUCCUUACAGAAGCAUCAACAUUUACGAUGCGGAUCACAUUAAUCAAUAUAAGGGGAGAGAAUUGUUCGAGAAUCCACCGCACAUUUACGCGAUCGCGGAUGCGGUGCACAAGGAGAUGAAACAACAGGGCAGGGACACCUGCAUAGUUAUAAGCGGCGAAUCUGGUUCUGGUAAAACGGAAGCUAGCAAGAUCAUCAUGAAAUAUAUCGCCGCCGUAACCAAUCUGAGCGGCCAGCAGGAAAUCGAGAGAGUGAAGAACAUUCUCAUCCAAUCGAACUCGAUACUGGAAGCGUUCGGCAAUGCCAAGACAAACAGAAAUGACAACUCGUCGCGUUUCGGAAAGUACAUGGACAUCAAUUUUGAUUUCAAGGGAGAUCCCAUUGGCGGCCAUGUAACUAAUUACCUCCUCGAGAAAUCACGGGUGGUCUAUCAGCAGAAGGGAGAACGCAACUUUCACUGCUUCUAUCAGCUGCUGAAUGGCUGCACCGAGGCCGAGUUGAACAAGCUGCGUUUAGUUCGCGACCCGGCUGCUUAUUACUUCAUUGGUAAUGGAAACAACAAGACGAUCACCUCCGACAGAAGCGACUACAAAACUGUUUGCACUGCCAUGUCCACUCUCGGGUUUGCCACAAAUGAAACGCAAACUAUAUGGAAUAUCGUCGCUGGUAUCUUAAAUUUGGGUAACAUUACCUUUAGGCUGGAUGAUGACAAACUUGUAAUCGGGAAUAAUAGUGCUUUAAAUGACACCGCUAAAUUGUUGUCUAUCAGUCCGAGAGAUCUGAACACUGCUCUCUCGCAAAGAGUCAUAGCGGCAGGUGGAGAAGUUAUGCAGAAAACUCAUACUUUGAUAGAAGCUGAAUAUGGUCGAGAUGCAUUAGCGAAGGCGAUAUAUGAGCGAUUGUUCUCGUGGAUAGUGUCGCGCGUCAAUGGAUCAAUCAAUGUAAAUGACAGUGAUGACAUGAAAAGAUACGGAACGUUAAUCGGCGUGCUCGAUAUUUAUGGCUUCGAAAUCUUUGACAGGAACAGUUUCGAGCAAUUUUGCAUCAAUUAUUGUAACGAAAAGCUACAACAGCUUUUUAUCGAGUUGGUUUUGAAACAAGAACAAGAAGAAUAUCAGAGGGAAGGGAUAGCUUGGCAGAAUAUUGAAUACUUUAACAAUCAAAUCAUUUGCGAAUUAGUCGAGCAAGCUCAUAAGGGAAUUAUAGCGAUCAUGGAUGAAGCUUGCCUCAACGUUGGGAAGGUUACCGAUGAGAUGCUUCUUGACGCAUUGGACAAGAAAUUAGUGAACCAUAAACACUAUAGCUCUCGACAGUUAAAGCCGAUGGACAAAGAAUUGGAACACAGAAUACAAUUUAAAAUCAAACAUUAUGCUGGCGAUGUGAUUUACAAUAUUAAUGGCUUCCUCGACAAGAAUAAAGAUACGCUCUUCCAAGAUUUCAAACGUCUGCUCUAUCAGAGCAAUAAUUCCGUAAUUAGUAAAAUGUGGCCUGAGGGUGCUCAGAAUAUUUUGCAGACGACGAAGAGACCUUUAACUGCUGGUACAUUGUUUCGCAACUCUAUGAUCGCAUUGGUAAAAAAUCUAGCGAGUAAGGAACCGUUUUAUGUUCGUUGCAUAAAACCCAAUGAAGUAAAGUCUCCAGUCGUGUUCGAUAAUGAGAGAGUAAACCAUCAAGUGAGAUAUUUGGGACUUGUAGAGAACAUAUUAGUCAGACGAGCUGGUUUUGUAUACAGACAGCGAUAUGACAGAUUUCUAAAAAGAUACAAAAUGAUAUCGCAAUACACAUGGCCGAAUUUCCGAGGUUACAGUGAUAAGGAUGGCGUACGCACAUUAAUGGAUGAGAAAGGUUUCUCGAACGAUGUUAAAUAUGGUCACACGAAAAUAUUCAUUCGCUCGCCACAGACUUUAUUUGCAUUAGAAAAGAUGCGUAGUGACUUAAUACCAGGCAUCGUGGUUCUCUUGCAAAAACAAUGGCGGGGAUAUCUUUGUCGUCAAAAAUACAAAAAAAUGAAGGCCGCGUUAGUGCUAAUGGAGCAUUACAAGAAAUACAAACAACGCAUUUAUAUCAAACAACUCGAACGGACAUUUAAAGGCGUUAAGAAUCUGCGAAAUUACGGCAAGACCUUACCAUGGCCGCGCGAAAACUUCGCGGUGAGACAUGUAGUGCCUGCAUUGAAGAAUAUGUAUGCGAGAUGGUGGGCGUGGAUGAUACUUCGAGCGAUUCCUCGAGAAGAUUGGCCGCAACUUCGGCUGAAGAUGGCAGCGGGCGCUGUGUUGCGCUCGAAGAGAUCUUAUUGGGGCCAAGACCGUCGAUGGGAAGGAAACUAUUUGUCCAAGCCAGACGAGAAUCCUCAAAGCGACAUUUUCAAUUCAUCAAUAAAUAAUCUACGGAACACCGACCAUUUCAAGACUGUCUUAUUCAGCGCAUUUAUUAGAAAGACCAACAGGUUUAACAAGCCAGCGGAUCGCGUUUUGGUGGUAACGGAGCACACUGUAUAUAAACUCGACGGCGUCAAGUUCAAGAAUAUGAAAAAAGGCAUGCCAAUAGCGGAAAUUACCGGCCUAAGUGUUUCGCCUGGAAAGGAUCAGCUUAUCACGAUUCACUCAAAUCGCGGAAACGAUUUCAUUCUAUCGAUCAUCGCUAAAGAUGAUAGAAUCGGAGAGUUGGUUGGCAUACUAAGCAACCGAUACUAUCAGCUGCGUGGCGCCGACUUACACGUCACAGUAGACGUGAGAUUCAAGUGCAUGCUUGGCAACAAGAGUAGAUUGCUGCACAUCGAAGUGAUGCCCGACGUGAUUGAACCUACAUUCAAAAAGGACGGUAAUCAAAUUAUCUAUGCCAUUCCACCGUCGGUGGCCAUCAUUGCCGGUGGUACUAAUACAAGACAAUAGUGGUAAUUAAGUGAAGUCUUACAAUUUUACUUGAGAGAUUGUAUCAUAAAAAAUAUAUUGAAUAUAUAUUUUUUAAUAAUGUACCAUUGUCAAAUGUGCUGGUUGUCUCAUGGAAAGUCAUUUAUUUAUUCUGUGAGACAAAUAUCGAGCACUUAGAAUUCGUAUUUUCUGAAUCGAUCGUUUCGCAUAUAUUUUUCAUGCAAUAUUUAAUCAUGUUGUGACAAGCGUCAAUGAAUUUUAUUAGAACAAAAGUUCGAUCAGUGUCUAUACCUAUUGCGUAAUCAAACGUUCAAAUUAAGUGUAUUACUUCUCGUUAAUAUAUAACAUAUUAUUAUUAUAUAUUAUUAUAGAUAUAUUGACAUAUAUUACUGCAGACGGUCGGAAAUUUGAAUGCAGGUUUCUUUUUGCGAAAAGAAUAUUUUAAAAAUAAUAAAAUUAAUUUUUAAUUUUCCAAUGUAACAAUGUUAUAAUAUUAUGCAAUAUUGUAACUUUUAACUUUUAUGGCAUCUUCUGAAGUAUUUAUCAUAUUUAUUCUAUAUUUGAAUGAAAAACCACUUUUAACAUAUUUUGAAGAGUAAACAUUAAGAAGUUUGAAAGCUUAUAAACUCUGUGUCUGCGUAAUACAUAUUUAAGUCAAAAAUAUGUAAAAAGUAAAGAUUGUAACAAGUACAAGUUAAUUACGUAUACAUAAUGUGUACAAGUCACUUGCGUGAUGCAAAACGUACUAGAAAUUUGAUAAAUUUUUUUCGUACGCCAGUACACAACACCGGGAUAUAUGAGGGUAGUUCCAGAAGAACUCGACGUAUAGAUAACGGUUGUUGUUUAAAAAAAAUUACUAUAGUAGAAAGUACUAACCUUAUAAAGCUUAAGUGUGAAGUUUGAAGACGCUACGUUAUUUAGUAUUUGUUUGACAGCCAUCAAUAGUGAACUCUUUUAGUGAAUUUGGGAACAUGGAAAAAAUUGAUCAUCGUUAUAUGAUGCAAUAUUUUCACUUGAAAGGUCUCAGUUCAAUCAAUAUCAAAGCCGAGCUAGAUUCUACUCUGGAGGAGUCUGCUCCUUCGUUUACAACAGUAAAAUAUUGGGUGGUAGAGAGUUUAAACGAGGCCGUGUGAGCUGCCAAGACGAACAUCGCAGUGGUCGACCAAAUGAGGUGACCACGCCAGAAAUGGUGAAGAAAAUCCAUAAAAUGAUAUUGGAUGAGAAAUAAAGAUAUUUUUUCCUAAAUUUUUUGUUUUCUUUGUUAGGUCGGGUAUUUCUUGGACUACCCUCGUAUAUUGGCCGAUAUAUUGCAUACGACGCAUUUCUUUGUAAAUACUCUAUAAUGUAUUAUAAAUAUUAUUAGAAUAUAAUAUGCGAUAUGUGUGUGUGUGUGUGUGUGUGUGUGUGAAUGAGAUAUAAAAUUCACAAGAGUGAACACUGAGGUAUAACAGAGCGAAUAAUUUAUAUGAGGUAACUUAAAUGUUAUUCAUGGAAAGUCAUCGAGUCUUUCUCUAUUUUUCCCAGUGGAAAAUGAUGCUACCGACGUGUUACAGUGAUUAUACAGUUUCUCAUUAACCGCAAUGUGCAGUAAGCUUGUGGCCUUCUACUUACUACCAAAUAGAAAUAUUUUUUAAAGAAUUUUUACAUAGAUUUACAUACGUUUAAAUAUACAAAAUAUGACAAAACAGAAUAUACUAUAUAAAUGACGAAACAAGUUAUAAAACAAAAAAUAUAUGUACACCUCUAGUGCCUGCUAAUUUGACACAAAAUGCAACGAAAGUUAAAUGAGUCCUUUUUGAGAGAAAGUUUUGAAUCUUUCCGUGUACUUAGAUUUAGAAAGACUGUAUAGAAAUAUAUAUACGCGUACGAUCAAGCUUAAUCAAAAUAUUAUAUUAUUUUAUAAUUAUUUCAACGUUAAUUUGAUUAACAUGUGAAAGAAUUCUUGUUAAACAUUGCCAUAGGAUCCUUUAAUCCGGUACUUAUGCAUUUAUGAAUCAUUAAUUAAAAAUGAUAAAUAGUUUGCUUUGAAUUUAUACAUACAUAUUCAUAAAAAAAUACUGUUUCCAUUGUAAUCAUGAACUGCUUUAAAACACAUUCAGAAAUGUGCCAUUGUUAGAAAAUAAAGAAAAAGUUUCAUUUUA